UACAAUGGACAAAAUCCUCUUUGAAGCUUCCUUAACAGGAAAUGUACAAGUCCUCAACGAAUUACUCGCUCAAGACGAAUUAAUUCUCGAUAGAGUUUCGCUAACCAGAGUCAGCGAAACUCCAUUGCACAUUGCAGCCUUGAGAGGCCACAAUGAUUUCGCGAAGAUUCUUCUUCUCAAAAAACCAACACUUGCCACGUCCCUCGACUCGUCAAGGCAAACGCCACUUCACUUGGCCGCAGCCGCGGGCCACGUGGAGAUCGCACGCGAACUUUUGCAUGUCACGAGUGCGGAAGGAUGUCGUUUUUGCGACAAAGAUGGAAGAACACCUCUCUACUUGGCUGCCAAAAAUGAACAGUUGGAGAUUAUCAAACUCUUGAUUGAAACAAAACCUGAUCUCUGUAAAGAAUUGCAAGAAAAUGGGGAAACUAUUUUGCAUACAUGUAUAUUUUAUAAUCGUUUUGAAGCAUUUAAAUUGUUGUGCCAAUUGUGGAAUGAAGAUGAUGAGCUGGCAAUGCUGAAAGACCGUAAUGGGAACACCCUCUUGCACCUAGCUGCUGGUCAUAAACAAGUUCAGACUGUGAAGUAUCUGCUUCAGAAAUCUAGUAUCAGAACAAAUAAAAACGUUGUUAAUAAACACGGGUUCACAGCAUUAGAUGUUCUUGAUCAUUGUCCACGUGAUUUCGACGCAUUAGGAAUCCGAACUUUACUAUUGGAAGCCAACGUUCAAAGAUCCAAACAUGUUAAAUCAUUCCAAACUGACGAAUCCGCUUCGUCGCAAAAUGUUAUGAGUAACAACAAGCCGAACGGAAACUGGUUAGAAAAACAACGCGGGAUUCUCAUACUUGCGACGAUAGUAGUCGCAACAACGUCGUUCUACUCAGGGCUACACCCUCCAGGAGGGACGUUUACGGAUUCUAAGGACGGGCCGCUAGGAAACGCGGUCAAAACCGAACCGGAUGUGGGACCGUUCAGUGAUUUCGUGAUCCAGAACACGAUAAUCAUGGUUUUAUCAUUGAUGAUAUUUGUGGUGUUGCUAAGUGGAAUCCCUUUAAGGAACAAGUUUUGUUUGUGGGUGCUCAAUUUAGCGACGCUUUGCAUCAUGUUUUUCGUGGCGGUUACGUACUUGGUGGAGAUAGCCAACAUGUCCCCUGACACGUGGGUGAAUGGGCUAACUAUGAUCAUGUGUUAUGCAUGGAUGCUUUUGUGCUUGUUGUUUGCAGUCAGUCACACUAUUUCCUUUAUGACAUGGGUUGUAAAGAAAUUGUUGAAGGCUAGAACAAGAACAAAAAUGAGAAAUAAUAAUCCAAUUAAUGGCGUUUGAUUCAAUUUUAGUAGGAAUUUCAUUUCAUUUCAUUGUAUUGUAUGUAUUAUAUUUGUUGUUUGGUUUUACUUAUGGUCAUGUGACUUGCUUUUCUAUGUAAACAUAUUUGUAUUCAACUUCAUUUAAUUAUUCUCUGGUUUAAAAGCUGUA